GCACAAGUAAGACGGGAUAAAAGUGAUAUUGAAAUAUAGUAGCUUUAACGUCUGCUUCCAAGUAAAUCCCUAAGAUGAUGCUGCCUACCUCUUUUAUUCUCAUCUUUGCUGCCACUAUCCUGGCAUGUGAUGUUCCUACAAGCCCACUCUCGAACAGUAUUACCGAGGCCUUCGCACUUCAGAUACAGAAUGCGUCGUUUCCAGACAUCCAUAACCAUUUCUUGAAUAUCUGGGACUGGGGUGGCGGUGACCAACAUCUUUUCGUUAGUCCCGCCGGAAAUUCCACGAGCCAGCUUACACUCGUCGACGGCGUGAUCACUUUACCUUGGGAUCCUCCUCGCCGCGCAGUCAUCAACGGGGAGUAUGAGGUGAAAGAUAAUACGACCAAGAUGUUCAUGACUGAACGUGGAGAUCCACGUGCUGUUUAUGAUGUCGUAUACGGGUGCAAUCCUGACACAGAUGCGUUGCAGACCGAACUGUCCUUCAAGUCUCGAGGAGAUAUAGAAAUAGGAGGAAAUAUCGGGGUUCGCCCGUUUAACGGCAUGUAUGACUUUCGAUGGACGCCUGCAGGAAAUACCGCCUAUGACGUAGAUAGGCCAUGGACAAAGGUGACUUUGGUUGUGGUUCAUUCUUGAAAGUUCCGGUGUAUGUUUUCAAGAAGCAUAGGACAUGUUCUCAUAUCAAUUGUAGGAAGUCUAGUGUACUUAACUCACAUACAAAUUCCCUAGAAGCAACCUUGCAAUAUGCAAAAGCCUUCUAACUCGGUUUGAAUAAGAGUUGUCAGCUUUAAAUAGUUCGUAAUAAUCUAACCUAAGGAUAUACAUUCUCCCUAU